CCCCUUGCCGCCGCCGCUGGCUCCUCCUCCGCGUAAGGCGGGUGCCGGUGUGGCGCGGAAUUCAGAAGGGUUCGGUCCGGCGGGAGCCAUGCGGAACCGCUCGGAGGUGGAUGCUACGUUGCAGACGGCCAAACUGAAUGCGGCGGAGCUGCUGCCGGUCGUGCACUGCCUCAGCUUCGGUCCGCAAGCCGGCGCCGGCGAGUGCUGCCUGCUGCAGCUGGAACCGGGCCUCUGCGCCGAGCUGGAGGCGGGACGGAGCCUAGUGAUCCGUGGUGAAAAGGAUGAACAUGCAGUGUUGUGCAGCAAAGACAAAACUUAUGACAUGAAAAUAGCGGAUACCUCAAAUAUGCUGCUGUUUGUUCCUGGCUGCAAAACUCCAGAACAGCUAAAUGCAGAUCAAGCAUCUUGCAAUAUUAUUCAUUCACAGAUUGCUGGCUUCUCCAAUCACUACUGGGAGCUAAGGAGAUGCCGACCUAAACUGAAGAAACUGAGGAAACUUUUAAUGGAAGAUCCAUACGAAGGGCCAGAUAGUCAGAAAGAUCAGACAUUUUCAAAGUACACAACAGAAGAUUUGUUAAGUCUGAUUCAAGCAAGUGAAGAAGAAAUACUGCACCAAUUGCAGGUUUUGAGUGCCUGCAAAAUUGAAGGAUACUGGAGAAUUCUAGAAUUUGACUAUGAGAUGAAACUCCUGAAUCAUGUGACUCAGCUGGUAGACUCAGAGUCCUGGUCUUUAAGUAAGGUUCCUUUACGUAGCUGCCUGGAGGAACUUGGAUCUCUAGAGCCCACAGAGAUGAUAGAACAUAUUCUUUUAAGUUAUGGAAGAAAAUACGUUGAUGAUGCAGGGGAAGUUUACUUUGAAAUGCAUGAAGAUAAAACAUGCAGAGCUAUAGCACAAAUGCUUUUGCAAAAUGCAGUCAAAUUCAAUCUAUCAGAGUUUCAAGAAGUCUGGCAACAAAGUGUUCCUGAAGGGAUGACAACAAGGCUUGAUCAGCUUAAGGGUUUGGCUCUAAUGGAUAAAAGCUCAAGACCAGAGACUAUCUCUCUGCUAAAAGUAGAAGACUUACCUGAAAAUAAUCAGGAGAGAUUUAACAGCUUAUUCAGCAUACGGGAAAAGUGGACAGAAGUGGAUAUUACCCCUUAUAUACAAGAUUUGUGUGCAGAGAAGCAGACUGUUGGUGCUCUUCUGACAAAAUACGCUCGUUCCUCAAUGCAGAAUGGUGUCAGAGUUUAUAAUUCCAGAAGACCCAUCUCAUAAGAAGUGUUGUCUUAAGAACUGAGAAUACUGAAUGGAGUAACAUUGAAUGUUGCUGCUUUCUUCCUUCUGGGGAAAGGAGUUGUCAGCUGAUACUACACAGUGUUUUUUUGUUGUUGAGUUUAAGCAGCAAAGCUUCUUGAACAAGUUUUGUUUUCUGCUCAGCGAAGCAGAAUGAGAGCACUUGCCUCUUCUAAGAGUCCCUAAUGUCAGCAGCCCAUGCCUGCCUCCCUUUGCCCAUCUUUUUUUUCCUUUGUGUCUGUACUUAUGCUCGGAGUCCAGCUAUUUCUUGAAUGCCCUUGUCUAUCCAUAAACUGAAGUCUGACAUGAGAAAUUAAAACCUCCUUGGUAAUAACCGAAUCACUUGAAUUGAUUUCAACAGCAAAGGGGAGUCCCUUGCCUGCUUCCCAUUAGUGAACAUUCUUAAAGAUAAGGUUUUCUUGCAGUGCUGACUUCUUAAAUACUGCAGCCAAGCUCAUGAAGAAACUAUUCCCAACUGAGACUACACUAGUCUCAGUUUUGGAAGGUGGUUCUUUUUUUGAUCAUGUCUUUGAAUAACACAGGCACAAUAUCUUGACACUUAAACACUUUGCAGAAUUCAGAUAUUGCAAAACACUGAAUUGCCACCAUCUGUGAAGAUAGCACAGUCAGAUACUGUGGUAUGAACUUCCUAUCAGCUGCCAUUAGAAUGUGACUGAUGUAAAAUUAGUGUUUUACAGAAGACUACAAAACUUUUUAAUAAUACUGUUUUCAAAAAACUGCUAUGGCAAAUGCCUGCACAUGGAAAUUCUGCCCUGAAAACUUAGAGUGGAAUAUUGUUCUGUGCAGAGCAAUGAAACAGAACAUUUUAAUGGUAUUGUUGUGAAGGGAGUGCUAGGAAUUGAAACUUUGUAAUCAUUAAAAAGGAUUGUUUGUCAGUAGAGUGGUGGUUUUUUAACUCAACAAUUAUAGAGUCUUUUUAUACAAGAAGCAUUUGCUGCAUCAAAUUCAGAUGUUACAUGAAAAACUUGGG